CCUCCUGCAUUCCUCCACUUAGACCAAAAUCCAUCUGAAGGUCUCCCAGAAAACUAGCCCCGCCCCAGGUGAAGGAGACCGACUGAAGGAGAAAAUAAAGACUUUGGACUUUAUUCUUGACUAUUCUUGUGGUGAUUACUCUGCUGAGACUAAGGCUGGUCCGAAGGCCCUCCAGAAAGCUAGUCAGAACAUUACAAGUUGUAGACACGGUUUACCUAAACUUGGCAGUUUUCUAUCAAGAGAUAUUGGAUACUAUGCUACAGAUGAAUAAAUGGAGCUGUCUGGUGACAGGAGCAGGAGGAUUUUUGGGUCAGAGAAUCGUUCACCUCUUGCUAGAGGAAGAACAAGAGCUGGAGGAAAUUCGGCUCCUGGACAAAGUCUUCAGCCCUCAAUUACUAUUGGAAUUUUCAGAGCUCAAGCACAAGACCAAGGUGACUCUGCUGCAAGGAGACAUUCUAGAUAAAGAGUUCCUCCACAAAGCCUGCCAGGGAGUCACCGCUGUAAUUCACAGUGCGUGCAUCAUUGACACGGGACUAUGGCGAAGGAAAGAAACCAUCAUGAAUGUCAAUAUUAAAGGUACCCAGUUCCUGUUGGAAGCCUGCAUCGCGGCUGAAGUACCCGUCUUCCUCUACACCAGCUCUGUGGAAGUGGCCGGCCCCAACUCGUACAUGAAGUCCGUCCGCAAUGGCCACGAGGACGACCUCCUUGAGAGCAAAUGGAGCAACGCUUACCCCUACAGCAAGAAGCUGGCCGAGAAGGCCGUGCUGGCAGCCGAUGGGCAGCUUCUUAGGAAUGGCACCGUCCUGCGCACCUGCUCUUUGAGACCCGUGUACAUCUAUGGGGAGGGGAGCAUUUUUCUCCAAAACGAAAUAAACCACGCCCUUAAGAAUGAUAAGACCUUUACAAGGAAAAGUAAGGGUUCCAUGGCCAACCAAGUGUACGUUGAUAAUGUGGCUUGGGCACAUGUCCUGGCGCUCAGAGCCCUGCGGGACCCUGAGAAGGCGCAGAGCAUUGGGGGUCAGUUCUAUUUCAUCACUGAUGAUACACCCCCCCAGAGCUACUCUGAAUUUAACUAUGAAGUGAGCAAGGAAUGGGGCUUCAAACUUGGCUCAAAAUUAGGCAUUCCUCUAACCUUAUUAUACUGGGCAGCCUUCGUGUUGGAGAUGAUAAGUUUCAUGCUAUCCCCUAUUUUCAUUUAUGAACCUCCCUUCAAUUGCCAUUUUCUAACAUUGACCAACAGUGUUUUCACCUUAUCCUGCAAGAAGGCCAAGAAGGAUUUGGGUUAUGAGCCUCGGGUCAGCUGGCUUGAAGCCAGAAAGAAAACCAGUCAGUGGGUAGGCACAUUGUUGGCAAAGAACAGAGAAAAUCUAAAGAUAAAGACCCCCUGAUCUAGACAGGAAACUAGGGACGGGGGUUCAGGACUGCUUUAGGCCCUUCCCUUCAUGGGACAUUAUUCUAGUACCUCCCCUACUUAGCAAAUUUCUGGCCAUGUCUCACUAGCAUCCUUUUCUUCCUUCCCACCCAAUGAAGCCCUGAGAAGACAGGCUGAAAAAAGGAAAUGAAACGAAAUACAAGCUCAUUUAUUCACUUUAAAGUUGAUUUCAAAGCCACACAUUUUUGCUCUGAAAAGGAUAUUAUAAAAUAGCAAGGUAUCUAUGGUUUCCUGUUUCUUGGGUUUCUAUAUCUAUCAUAGUAUAGAUCACUUUUGUGUUUUUAAAGCUUUUGCAUAUUAAUCUGUACAAAAUUUUAAUUCAUGUUUAAUAAAGAUGAUGAAAAAUGUCUAACA